CUGUGUUCUGGAGCUUGCGAGCUUGUGUUGAGCUAAUGAGUGCUCACGAACGAGUUAGAUUAAUGACAAAUCACGUGACUUUGACUACGGCGCUUUAAUCCCAUGAAAAGGGUGAUUAUGGCAGUUCCUGGAUUUACCCUUGGUGCCUUCAUACUUCUGUUGCUCGUUAGUUCUGUGGCUAAUUAUCCCAAUGGAAAGGUAACGAAGUCAUGCCGUGGAAUGAUUCCUAAACAUGGUCAAACUCCACAGUCUGAUCCCGCUUGCCACAUCUCAGUGAGUCAGAUGGCAUUCAGACCAGGAGAUCAGAUCAAAGUUACUUUGUCAGGGCCACCAUUUAAAGGCUUUCUCUUAGAAGCACGUGAUGCUGAGAAUUUGAGUGGCCCUCCUAUUGGCUCCUUCACAUUGAUUGACAGUCAAGUGUCACAGCUUCUGACCUGUGAAGAUAUACAGGGAUCAGCUGUGAGUCACACAAGUCCAUCCAAAAAAACAGAAAUUAAAGUCUAUUGGAAUGCUCCAAGCAGUGCCCCAAAUCACAUAAAGUUUCUAGCCACAGUUGUUGAGAAGUACAAAAUCUACUGGGUGAAGAUUCCUGGUCCUAUAAUUUCACAACCAAACGUCCUUCCUUUUACAACACCUAAAGCUACAAUAGCACCUAUGCCAACAUUACCUCCAGUCUCCCAUUUAACCAAAUCAUUCAAUGCUUCAGAUUGUGGGAACAAGAAGUUCUGUAUUAGGAGUCCUUUGAACUGUGACCCGGAGAAGGAGCUUGCCUGUGUCUUCUUAUCCUUCACACGAGAUGCCAAGUCAGUGAUGGUUGAAAUGAGCGGUCCCAGUAAAGGCUAUUUAUCCUUUGCAUUUUCUCACGACCGGUGGAUGGGUGAUGAUGAUGCUUAUGUGUGUAUUCUUGAAGAUCAGACUGUGAACAUACAACCUUCCCAUCUGACAGGGCGAAGUCACCCUGUAAUGGACUCAAGGGAUCCUCUUGAGGAUAUGGCUUGGAGGUUGGCGGAUGGUGUUAUGCAGUGUUCUUUCAGAAGAAACAUUACCCUUCCUGGGGUUAAGAAUAGAUUUGAUCUAAAUGCAAGCUACUACAUAUUUCUAGCAGAUGGUGCAGCUGAUGAUGGUCAGAUUCAUAAGCAUUCUCAGCAACCUUUGAUUACAUAUGAAAAAUACAAUGUGACAGGCUAUCCAGAGAACAUAGGAGGAUCCCAUUCUUUACUCCUUCUGAAGGUUCAUGGCGCCUUAAUGUUUGUGGCAUGGAUGACUACUGUUAGCGUAGGUGUACUGAUUGCCCGGUUCUUCAAACCUGUUUGGUCAAAGGCUUUAUUUGGUGAUGCAGCUUGGUUUCAGGUACAUCGAAUGCUCAUGCUUACUACUUCUGCCCUCACUUUUAUUGCUUUUCUUCUGCCUUUUAUUUACAGAGGAGGCUGGAAUUGGCAUGCAGGUUAUCACCCAUGCCUUGGUUGUAUAGUGAUGAUUUUAGCAGUUCUUCAGCUUCUUUCGGCAGCCUUCAGACCACCUUUACAUGACCCAAGAAGGCAAAUGUUUAACUGGACUCAUUGGAGUAUGGGAACAGCUGCUAGAAUAAUAGCAGUGGCAGCAAUGUUCCUGGGAAUGGAUUUACCAGGAUUGAAUCUUCCUGGGCCAUGGAAAACCUAUGCAAUGAUUGGAUUUGUAGCCUGGCAUGUUGGGACAGAGAUUGUUCUGGAGGUACACACUUACCGACUCUCUAGAAAAGUUGAAAUAUUGGAUGAUGAUAGAAUUCAGAUCCUCCAGUCAUUUACUGCAGCUGAAGCAGAAGGUUAUGCUUUUAAAAAGGCAGUGUUAGCAAUUUAUGUCUGUGGGAAUUUGACUUUUCUCACUAUGUUCUUAUCUGCGAUCAACCAUCUCUGAGCGAGUGAAGACCUUGGCUUUUGCAGACCAGGUGAUAAUUAUCAUCAAGCCAAAAAACUUGAUUCCUGUACCGACUGCCUGGAGCGUAUUCAUGACUUCUAAUUAGGAAGACCAGGCCAUGUCUAUAGAGAAAUUCAGACGUCUGGUCUUUAGAGAUCAACAUUCACUAGGGUCCUAUGGGCUAUAAACUGAUGUCAAGCUUUUAUGUAUUAUUCUGAGUCUUAAAGGGAAGAUUGUACUUGAGAAAUGACUCAAAUAUUUUUUAUGCUGAAAUUUUAAGAAUGUUAGCAUGUAAGAAAAGAACUGUUUGGAAAAACAAAAAAGAUGUCAUAGGAUAAAAUGCA